GCCGACAAUAAUACUGUGAGGUGAGAAAUAUUAUUUAUCGAAAAUGGAUGAUACUGGAGCAUCACUGAAGGCUGCGGAGGGCGCAGCGGCUACAAGGAAACGCAGAUCUUCAAUACUCAAAAGCCAGCGACCGCCUCGGACGCCAUUUUCAGAGUUGGAAUUCAACGUAGCCACGCCCACGGACACCGCGAAGAGUCGCCGUGUCAGUUUCUCACGGCGUACCGGCGUUGCUGAAUUUAUAACGAAUGAAGCAACAACGACUUGGAAGAACUUUUACGAGGAGCACAAUAAAUCAUUGGAAUCAUCAGGCAACGAGUCAGCGGCAAACGCUGGACGACAGGUCAUAGGGCACAUCGGGAAGAGAAUAUUCGACCAGCAGUUUGAAGAGGUCGAAGUAGUUGAUAUCGGUGGCACUCUACAAACAAAUACAGCACAUCAGGAAUUUCAAACAUCAUUCAACAAUGUUAAUAUAACACAGCAACUCGAGUAUGGUGGUGAUGGUAUGAAGCUUGCUGAUCCUGUUCGAAAUUUCGAUCUGAGUUCCCUAACUGAUCACCAUAGUAAAAUAUUUGGAAAUGAUGUCACAAUACCGGUGAUGAAUGAAAUGUCGAAUCAGAUUAAUAUAAAUUUUUCGAAUCUACAAUCUAUGGGUAAUAGUAAGUGUGAUGAUUUAGACGAAAUACGACGCGAUUUAGAGAGAUCGCAUCCGUCAAAUGUUGUCUGUCAGGGUCCGUUCAGCGGCAGAAGGGAUAUAUCAGAAUAUAUAGAAAUUGAUCUAAAUAUGACCAGUGUUGGUGUUAGAAGCGAUGAUUGUGAUAUGUCCAUCACAGAUACAAUACAAAGUCCAAAUGUACAAGAAGUUAUAAAAACGAAUACAUCAACAAAUCAAGAUGGAGACGAUUGGGUGGUCGACAAAGAAAAUAUAGUCGUGAACCCUUAUACAACACCGAAAGAAACGCUCAACUUUGCUAUAAACGAAGUUUCUGAUGAAGUUCUCGUUUUUGACGGUAAGAAACUAACCGUCCAGUCGGAAAAGAAGCCGUGUUUGGAUACAGAUAAUCAAAAUAUUCAAAAGAAUACACAGAUUACUAAAGACGUGACUCCAAAGAGAAAAACUAUUGUUUUGAACAUGAACGAUGAUUUACCUAAUUUCAUUCAAGAUAGUUCAUCACCUAUGUCUUGGCAAAAUUAUAAUGCUCCUAAAGAUAUUGGUCAAGAAAAAAAAUCAGUUAUUUACAAUGAUUUCGAUUUAUCAAUAACACAGUCAGUUGAUAAUAAGAUUGAUGUGCCGAAACGAAAAACUAUAGUAUUUGAAGAUGAUAUGGGUAACAUAUCGAUCACUCAAGCUGUUCCCGCUAAGGUUAUAAUCCAUAAGGAGGAAAAGAGAAAAACGAUACUGUACGAAAAUGAUUUGACAAAUUUAUCUAUAACGCAAGCCGUUCCGACUAACAUAAUAAGUGGUAGUAAAAGUAUGGAAGAAAAUAGAACAAGUGACGAUAAUAUAUCUUUCACACGAGCGCUACCUUCGAAUUUAAUUUUGAACGACAAUACGAAACAAUCACAAGAUAAAACAGUGUAUUUUCAUAAUGACUUUGAUAUAUCAGUCACGCAAGCGAUACCUCAGAACAUUAUUUCUUCAAAAUUAGAAAACAUCGAAAACAUUAACAAAAAUAAUACAAAAAACGAUUUAAAUAAUCUUUCAAUAACUCAGGCUAUACCUUGUAAUAUAAUAAUCAAUGAAAUAAAAACAAGCGAAGUGGGAAAAACAAUAAUUUACGAUAAUAAUCAAGACGCAGACGUUGAAACAACGCAAGUAGUAUCAGACGAUCUUUUGUUCGAAAAAAAUAACGCUGAUAAAAGGAAGACAAUUGUCUAUGAUCAUGAUGCAGGAAAUAUCUCUAUUACACAAGCGAUUCCCUCUAAUAUUAUAUUUAUUCAUAAAAAUAACGAUCCAGAUGCAAAUACGUCACAAAUAAAUAAUAAAACAAAAGAAAAACACAAAAACGUAUCAAUUAAUACUGAAACUGUUUCUGAAGCUCUAAAAGAAGUUAAUAACGAAAGAAAAUCUCUAAGGAGUAACGUGACAGUGUAUGGAGACCAAGCUGAAGUGUCAUUUACGAGUGUAAUGCCUACUAAUAUUUUACAAUCGAAUGUACAUGAACAAUAUGACAUGGAAACGACAUCUGAUAACGAUAUAUCUAUAACACGUGCGCUGCCUUCUAAUAUAUUGCUACCAGCUGAAGAUCACGUGAUAACUAAAUUAGAACCAAUAAACAAAGAGGCUAAUGUUACCAUACCUAAUAAAGAUUUAAAUAAAACAGAACGUAAAGACGUAUCAAUGAAUGUAAUCGGUAAUAUAUCGCGAAUGUUACAAGAAACGAAAUUUAACAGCAAUGAUUUAAGCAAUUUAUCUUUAACAAAACCGAUACCGACUGAAAUAUUAAACAUUCAGAAUGAUUUUCCGCGUAAGUGUGAAAUUGAUACUGAUAAAAGUGUAUUCAAGGAUAACAACGCAUCCGUCAAUCAGGAUAUUUUCAUAUAUCGGAACGCGGAACAGACUGCAACAGUAAUAAAUGAAAUUAAUCAAAGUAACUUUAAAGUAGACGAUAUAAAAGAAAUUUCUAACAAUUCAUUUAACAAAAAUAACGAUUCUAUUCGACGUAAUCUAACAUUAAAUCAGAGUACAAUUGAAAAUCGGUCCAGUGAUGAAUCUAAUAAUUUCAGCACUGGAAAAGAUCUUAGCCAUGAAGAGGGACUGAUAGAAAGAGAAAGCUUGAAAGAGAUAGAAAUAUUGCCAAUUUGCCAACACGAAUCGGAAGUUAUUCGAAUUGAAGAGAAUUCGAAUAAGGCGAAAAUGUCUAUCCUUAGUGAGCUCUUAAAUAUGUCACGUUCAUCGUUAAACGAUGUAAAUAAAAGUGAAGUUAAAGUUUUAACUGAUAAUGUACAACCAGCUUUAGAAAAAUCUAGUGACAGUCUCUUUUUUAUAACGAGAGACGGCGAAAAUGAUAUUAAUAUAGAAAAAAAUGAAGAAAAUAUAAAUAGUAAAAAAGACAACAGAGUGAGUAGUGGACUACCAAAAAUACCCUUACAGCAACAAGCCCUUGAAACCGAAGAUACUGAACAGGAUUCGUAUUUAAAACAAAAAGUCGAUGAACUUAAAAUUAUGAAUGAAUUCAAUACAAAAACGUUAAACAGACAUUACGAGAAUGUUCUAAGCUCAGAUUUACGAAAAAGUAUUGAAAACUUAGAUAAUUCUAACGUCUCGAGAGGCAAAAAAACGAUUAAAAACGCUGAUGAUACGGCGGAAUUGUUAGAAAUGCUUUCAGAUUUUACAGACGGUCAAUCUGAUGACCAUGCAAAAAAUAAAACAUUAGGAAUUAUUGAAACAAAAGGCUCGGAAACUUUGGCAAACAAAAGUAAGCUGGCGCGUUUAAGUUUUGUUCCAAAGAGACAAUCGAUCGCGUUUAGUCGAGAGGAUUUGCUAAAUAAUAUUUCAAUGGCCCAAGCAGCCUUACAACAGUCUCGAUUUGAAAUGGACGAAAGCGGAAGUAUAGAAGACACAAACGACUCUCCCGAGGAAGAUGAUUACCAAACUAAGAAAUCACCAAAGAAAUCAGUACGAAUGAGUACAGAAGUAGUUAAAACAUUACAAUUCGAAGGAGACUCGAUUAACGAUGACAGUGCGAUGGCAGAUGAAGAAAUUUCACCAUUGAAGAAGACAGCUUUUGGUGAAACGGCAUAUAUGAAAGAAGAUAAAGCAAGAGUUAUACCGUCGUACUUGAAAGACGUCUCAGAUGGUAUAAAAGCAUUGAUGCAUGAUUUGGUGAAGCCUAUGGCUGAUGUUCUGCCUUACGAAACUGCUGAACUACAUCAGACUAAGGAAACACCAUCGACCUGCAGUACACAGAUACAAGCAAGCCUAGUUACGUCCAGUCAAAUUGACAUUAAUGUUGAAUUAAAAUCAACUGCGGAUUCACUUGAUAAUAUAAAGUCGAAUCAAUCCAUAGUGACUGAGAUAGCCGCGGCUAAACAGUCUGUGUCGCAUACAUUGAAACAAAUUUUUAAUCCCGCACCGAUAAAUACUCCACUGGAAAUAGAGCGAGCGCCUAAAAUUGAAACGAAAAUGAACACUUUGAUAUCACGUGAUUCAAAAUCCGGACCCGUUAUUCUAUUCGACCAUCACAAUCCGUUAAACAAUAUACUUCUAAAUCACACGGAAUGUACGAAAGUUCACAAAUAUAAUCCCUUAUCUAUUAUGUCGAUUGAAGACGAUAUCGAUGAAAUAAAUAAAGACAAGAAAUCAGAAGUCGCUAGUGUGUCAAUGCAUUACAAUGUGGAGAGGUUUGGAGGUAACCAAUUUUUGCCAUCUGGGGAUGCUUGUGAUGAGAAGAAUGAAUCGAUCAGUAUAGGAUCAAAUGUUAGCAAGCCCCUGUCCGUCAAUCGAUCGACUGAAGGCCUAGGACUCGAUGUGAAACACAUAGAAGUGAACACGGUUAUCGCUAUGAAAGCUAAUCAAGAACUUCUAGAAUCUAAUUCAUCGUUGACAUUGGUAGACGAUGCACUCGCUCAAUCGGCGUUUGAUUUGAAAGUCGAUUUAGCUUCAUCAGACGAUAGUCGAAGGUCGAAUCUUAAAGUUAUUUAUGACAUGGAUACCGAUGAAAAUCAGCUACGUAACAUCGAACUGGAUUGCGAUGAAGAAAACGAAGAUAUAAACGAUAAUUGUACAACAAGAAAGCGUAGCUACAGUCCCACGAAACCAGACAAAAACAGAGCGAGUCGACCUAAUGUUGAAAUAACUCCGAAACCUUUGAACAAAAUGCAAAAGAUAUCAAAUAGUCCGCAAUUAAAAAACAAAGAACGCGAACAGUAUAUCGAAAAAAGUCCCGAUAAAAAGUCCCCAAAGAAGCGGAACAGCUCGAAACCGGAACAAGUCAUUACCGUUCAACAAUUAAUUUCAGAAUGUUAUAGAAUCACUAAAAUGGAUCAAAGUCGAGAUGAAUUAACAGAGAGCCCAUCGGUCACAUUAGAAACGGAAACGAUAUCGCCAACCGCAACGAGUGUAACGAGCGCAAAUACCGUGAACGUGAGUGUGAAAGAGAGACAAGAUACGAGCAGUGUGGAUUCCCAAGCUGUCACAGUACUGGGCAGCGAGGUGUCGCGAGUGAACUGGCAGCCUGAUGUCGUUGAGGAAUUGAGCUCAAAGAACUUGCUAGUUGAAUGCAGUUCGAGCGUCAAUGUCGUCGCUAAAAUCAACACACUGCCGUUCAUGGGAAGCCGAGAGUGCGAAUGGGAGUCAUCGAGCGGUGACGUGUGGAUGUUCCGUCUCUUGCGUUCUCGUAUUCGGUUAACUGUCCGUCUUGCUCACUCUCAUCACAACGCGUCUCGAUCGCGAGUCCGCGCCGACACGCAACUAGUUGCUUCGCUAGUGGAUCCUGUACAAGAAGAGAGCGACCCGCUGGCGGCGCUGUGCGUGCGGCUGGCGACCAAGGCCAUGCGCUACGAAUGUUCGCGCGCGACGAGCGCUGGCGACGUGCCAGCGCUGCUGCGGCGCUGUGCAGCGCUGGCACGCGUGGCGCUGCGCUGGGCGCGCGCCAUGCGGGACGCGCGCGUGCGUCUCGCCUACUCCGUCACGCCCGAAGGAGAGCUCACGCUCAAGGUGGCGAACGUGCCGCUCCGCGCGGUGUGGGAGGUGCGGCUGGCGGUGGAGCUGGUGGCGGAGGAGAGCGGCGUGGCCUGGCCGCGCGCGGGGCACGUGCGCGCCGCGUCCGUGCUGGCGGGCGCGCGGCCCCCCUCCCCCCCGCGCCUGGCGCGCCUGCUGGACAAGCUGCCGCACGACUGGGGACACGCGCCGGCCGUGCUGUGGAAGGUGUUCAGGUAUUUGAAGAAUAAGACGAGAGAAGAUGAUUUACUUGCGUUAUAAUUACAAAAGAAUCGCCGAAAGUUGCAUAUAAUAUUCAUAAGUUGUUGAAGACUGUUGUUUCAAUCCGUAACGCCUUAAGUGACAUGACAGGAAAUUCGAAAAUGAGUUCUAAAGCAAAGAUUUUGUAUGAGUAAAGAAAGUAUCCGUAAAGGACUAGACAUAUCAGUUUUUAAAUGCUGUUAAGUUAGUACCUUUUGGAACUGCGUUAUAUGAUAAUGAUGUAGGGUAGCAAAAACAAUUGCAAAAAUUUAACAAAAUAAAUAGCAUAUACUUUUUAAAUUGCUUGUAUAAUUAAAGCCAGAUAAAACCUUCUUUAAAAAGUUGAAUGUUCUACACUACUCA